AUGUGUAGUCUGGAUGAGUUAGCUAAAAAUAAAAAUGUGGUGAUCACACAGUCAGACAAAGGUGGGGCGGUGGUGAUUCAGAACAAGGAUUCUUAUGACCAUGAGGCCAUGAGACAGUUGGGGAAUAGAGACCACUAUAUGGCCAUGCCUUUGGACCCAACCUCCAAUUUACAGCGUAAGAUUGAUGAAUUUUUAACAUCAGCAGUAGAGGAGGGUAUUAUCCAACAGGCUACUAAAGAACAACUGAUGGUGUCAUCCCCUCAAAAACAAUUUCUUUAUAUGCUCCCCAAAAUACAUAAAAAUGCUAGUAAUCCCCCUGGCCGACCUAUUGUGUCUGGACAUGGGUCCUUGACGGAACCCUUAUCGGAAUAUCUGACAUUUUAUUUGAAACCCUUAUUAGGGUUUAUUAGAGCUCGUAUCCAGGAUACCACACAGUUUUUGGAGAUUAUUGGUGACAUCCAAUUGGAGCCAGAAUGGCUACUAUGUACCCUUGAUAUUACGUCCCUUUAUACCAACAUUCCACACUGGGCAGGCCUACAAGCACUAGAAUAUUGGUUGGCAGGUAAUCCAGACAGUGGAAGUGUGGGACAUCUACCACCUGAUGCCAGAGUAUCAGCAAAUUCUGAUGCUGAUGGCGGCCAAACAGAGGCACAGAGGGGUGCACAGACUGACUCUGACACUGAGGUUGGCAUACAGCCAUCCCCUGAUAUUCCAUUGGACAUAGCCAGUAGACCUAAGCCUACCCAUUUCAGUGAGCCUACAGAUAUUGCACAGGUGGAGGGUGAGACAAUCGAUCAGGGAAGUAUGGUUACAGCAGCUACAGUGCCUGUUGACUCUGGCCCUAGUCAAACUGUGGGUUCAACAGAAUGCCUGAAAUGCGCAGAUAAAAACUGGCCCAAUGAGAAACAGGAUGGUUGUAUACCAAAAACUACUGAAUUCCUUUCUUAUGAAGAUGCAUUGGGAGUAACACUGACUAUCAUAACUGUAUUUUCUGUAUUUGUCUCUGUUUUAGUUCUCAUCAUCUUUUAUAAACAUAAUGACACUCCUAUUGUCCGAGCAAAUAAUCAGACUUUAAGUUAUCUUCUUCUGGUGUCACUGACUGUGUGUUUUCUCUGCUCAUUUGUUUUUAUUGGCAAACCAAACCAAAUUAAUUGUCUGCUUUGUCAGACAAUCUUUGGUAUUAGCUUUGUACUCUGUGUGUCUUGUAUACUUGCAAAAACUAUUAUGGUUGUUAUUGCUUUCAGGUCAACUAAACCAAACAGCAAGUUAACUAAGUAUGUAGGCCCAGUAAUCCCAAAUAGUAUAGUAUUUAUACUCACAUUCUUUCAGGUCAUACUCUCUUCUGUAUGGUUGGCAAUCGCUCCCCCAUUCCCUGAGGAGAAUAUGAAAUCACAAAUGGGGAAGGUAAUCCUUGAAUGUAAUGAAGGGUCAGUAAUUGCAUUUUGGUGUAUGCUGGGGUACCUCGGAUUGCUUGCCUUUGUGAGCUUUAUAGUAGCCUUUCUGUCCCGUAACUUGCCAGACAGCUUUAAUGAGGCUCGUUAUAUAUCAUUUAGCAUGCUGGUGUUUGUAAGUGUCUGGUUAUCUUUCAUCCCUGCCUAUCUCAGCACAAAAGGGAAGUACAUGGUGGUUGUUGAGAUAUUUGCCAUUCUUUCUUCUAGCAUGGGUGUGCUGCUUUGUAUUUUUGCACCUAAAUGUUAUGUUAUUCUUUUCCAUCCUGAAAUAAAUACAAAGCAAUACAUUAUGGGGAGAAGUUCAUCACAGAUGAGAUAA